AUGGCGGCAGCGACGGCGGCUGGGACCUCUGUGGUGCCGGCGAACAGGGGACGCCGUCCGACGAUGGACGACGAAAAAAUGGUUUUCGAAACAACCAAGGGCGUGGAGCCCAUCAUGAGCUUCGACGAGAUGGGGAUCAAAAACGAGCUUUUGCGAGGCAUUUAUCAGUACGGGUUCGAGAAACCCUCGGCCAUUCAGCAACGGGCUGUUCUGCCCAUCAUAUCGGGCCGUGAUGUCAUCGCCCAAGCCCAGUCCGGUACCGGCAAGACCUCCAUGAUUGCUCUCGCUGUUUGCCAAAUUGUCGACACCAAAUCCUCCGAGGUCCAAGCUUUGAUCUUGUCACCUACGAGGGAGCUGGCAACUCAAACCGAGAAAGUGAUACUAGCAAUUGGUGAUUACAUUAAUGUACAGGCCCAUGCAUGCAUUGGAGGCAAAAGUGUGGGCGAGGAUAUCAGGAAACUAGAACAUGGAGUUCACGUGGUGUCUGGAACUCCAGGCAGAGUUUGUGACAUGAUCAAGAGGAGAACAUUACGGACAAGAGCUAUCAAAUUAUUAAUUCUUGAUGAAUCUGAUGAGAUGUUGAGCCGAGGUUUUAAGGAUCAGAUUUAUGAUGUUUACAGAUAUCUUCCACCAGAACUUCAGGUUGUUUUGGUUUCUGCCACUCUUCCCAAUGAGAUUCUAGAAAUUACCAGCAAAUUUAUGACAGAUCCUGUUCGUAUCCUUGUGAAACGUGAUGAGUUGACUUUGGAGGGCAUCAAGCAAUUCUUUGUUGCAGUAGAAAAAGAGGAGUGGAAGUUUGAUACUUUAUGUGAUCUUUAUGAUACCCUUACCAUCACACAGGCUGUUAUAUUCUGCAACACAAAGCGGAAGGUGGAGUGGCUCACUGAGAUGAUGCUCAAAAACAACUUUACUGUCUCUUCCAUGCACGGAGAUAUGCCUCAGAAGGAGCGAGAUGCAAUUAUGCAAGAGUUUCGGGCCGGGGAAACUCGUGUUUUGAUCACAACAGAUGUUUGGGCUAGAGGACUUGAUGUUCAACAGGUUUCCCUGGUGAUUAACUAUGAUCUCCCAAACAAUCGAGAACUUUACAUUCAUCGCAUUGGUCGUUCUGGUCGUUUUGGACGCAAGGGCGUUGCAAUAAACUUCGUCAAAAGUGAUGAUAUCAAGAUUUUAAGGGAUAUAGAGCAGUAUUAUAGUACCCAAAUUGACGAAAUGCCAAUGAAUGUGGCUGAUUUGAUAUAA